GGGCCCUCCACCCCGUCCAAGGCCGCGCCAGCACCCCCGCAGCUGCAGAUGGAGAACUGGGACGACGAUUUCCAGGACACCGACUCGCCCGGACCUGCAGCACGACGCCGGAACACGGCCGCGACGCACCCGCUCGAGGCCCCAACCGAGCGCCCCGGGGAGGUCGAGAACUGGGACGACGACUUCGAAGACGGCGGUGGCGGCGGCGGCGGUAGCGAGGGCGCACGGACAGCGGGGGGUGCGUCGCCAGGGCGCAGGCGGACCCCGCGCAAGCGCGGCUCCUGGCCGUCCUCGGACGAGGAAGACGACGACGACGGCGAGUACGGGUUCGGGGAUGGGGAAGACCGGACCGUGACCUCGCGCACGCGCGGCGCGGGCAUGGGCAUGCACAUCCCGUUCCAGCUGCCCGUCGACCACCCGCCGAUGCCUCCCCUGCCGCCGAUGCCGUCGCCGUUCCCGCGCUCGCCCACCGCCUCUGUCUUCUCCGUCCCCGUCUCGUCCACGACCGGCCGCGAGUCCGUCACGGGGUACUCGUACUCGUCGACCGCGCACCUUGCGCUCCGGCCCACGCUCUCGGGAGGGUCCGCUGCGAGACUCGCGCUCCUGCCGCCCAGCCCGCCGAUCCAUCGCGAGCGGAGACGGUUGCGGAAGAAGUCGCGGCCCCCGCCGAACUUCGAGGACGGCAUCUUCGAGCUGGACGACCGCGCGGAGAUCGUCGACCCGCCCAUGGCGCGUCCGGUGACGCCUGAACAGAAGAAACCAAGCCCCGGCGCAGACGAGCCCUCCGCAUACGACGCUGCCAACACAACCGCCCCAGCCUCUUCCGGCAAGACGCCCCUCCUCUCUCGCAUCGGCUCCGUCGGCAAGAAGUGGAACGCAGGGCGCAAGAAGCGCGUGAGCACGGGCCCGACCGAGGUCGCGCUCCACGAAGCGACCGCGCAAGCGGAGAGCGGCGGGAGCUCGCGCCCGACGAGCUUCAUCGCCUCGACGUCCCCCGGCUCCGCAGGCGGGCGCAACUGGUUUUUUCGCGCUGGUGGCGGCGGUCACGGCCCCCAGGGGUCGCCACCGAGGCGCGAGGGAGCCCUAAAGAGCGAGAAGAGCGUCGAGCGCCUGCUGCACCUCAUGCGCGCCGAGCAGCGCGGGCGUGAGCCCGACACGCCUUUAUCCCGCGAGAAGAAAGGCAAGGAGCGGCGGCACGCGCGCGAGAGCACCGCGGGUUCGUCCGCGCUCCCGCAGGACCUCGACGAGCCGAUGGACGGCAGUGGGGUGCCCACCGCGACGCUGCUGUUCGGGAUCCCGCGCCGGCCGACGUCCAUGCAGAUCUCGCAGUCGUCCUCCGGCGGCUCGGGCUCAAGCUGGGCGAGUUCCCAUCCGCCCGUCCCGCGGCACGCGUCGUACGGCGACGGGCGACACCGGCGCCCGGUGACCCCUAGCAGUCGCGCGAGCUCGAAGCAGCGGUCCGCCAGUGCGAGCGUCGAGGAUGUGCAUCAUCGCAGCAAGAAGAGCUCGACGGCGACUCGGGAGACCAUGGACGACCGCUCGAGCGACGCACACAGCUCGGCCGCCCAUCACGAGCGGCCGCCGCUGCCUAUACCGCCGUCAGAGCCGCCCGGGGAUAAAGACAAAGAAAAAGAGAAGGAGAAGGGCAGCAGGCGGUUCAUGGGCGGGAUGCGGCGGAUCAGCCUGGUGGGCAGCGGGAAGCACAAACGCACGAAGAGCACCGCGGCGGAGGACGUCAAGGAGCCCCCGCCAGAGAAGACGUCGCCGCCGCGUUCGAAGCUGAACAUGGAGACGCUGUACGACCAGAGCACGCCGCGCCCGCCGUCGCGCGUCAUCCGGAGCUCGCAGGACGUGCUGCUCCCUCCGAUUGAGCUGCAGCCGCCGUCGCCGCCGCGCGCGAAGCGGGGGACGAAGACGCCGCCGUCUGGUGCGACGCCGACACGACGCUCACUGACCGGUGGCCGACCGACCCUUGAACCGUCGCGCUCGCACCCGACGCUCUCUCCGCGGUCGUCGCUCAGUCAGACAUCUUCCCACGAAACCUCCCUCCCCACCAUCCCGUCUCCCCUUCCAUCCCCGACGCGACCAAAGCCGUCGACGUCCCCGGUGCAGACCGCGUCGCUCGGCCGGACAGCACUCCCUCCAAAGGAGCGCGAGACCCCGAUCAACUCGUCAGUUCUACGGCGCAACUCGCUGGGCGAUCUCAAGAUUCCAGCCCGGAUCAGCCAGGCGCAAGUGAGCUUGCGGCGGGAUCUGACCAUGGUGCGCGACUUUGCGUCGAGCGUGGAGCAGCUCAAGCAGCUUCAGUCGACGUAUAGCGCCCUUGUCGUCCAGGUCCGCGAGCUGCUCAGCGACUCGCAGGAGUCGCAGUCGCGGCCCGUGUCCCCCAAUUUCAUUCACCUUCCUCGGCCUGUCCUGCGGACCCGCUCGAACACCAAUCCUGCUGCGAACAACGCCCCGAACCGCAACCAACUCAACGCCGCGUUCCUGAACAUCGAGGCCAAGUACCGUCUCUCGUGGGAGUGCGCCGAGCUCCUCGUCGACCUCGCCGGCGGUGCCCCAAACCCAUCUGCUUCGCCUCCACCAUCAUCGAGCCAGUCCGCGCCUGUCGUCCCGACCUCCAUCGACGGCAGGAAGAGCCGCGAGCGCGCCAUCACCCUCGCCGGCGACGAACAGAAACCGGUCAUCACCCCUGCGCCGCACGGCGCGACCUCUCCCCCUCUCGCGAGCCCACCUUCGCAGUGGCGUGCGUCAACAGGACGACACGAUCUCAGCCAGCGACAGCUUCUCCUCCUGCGGGAGAUGCUCAACAACCCGGACCCGUCGGCGACGAUGUCGUUCGAGCCGGGCAUCCCCGAGGAGGACAUCAACCGCAACUGGCGUUGGGGCGACGCGAUGAACAGCACGGUUACGCUACCGAGCGAGGAGUCCGGCGGGCAUCAAUACGGGACGGUACCUUCACCGACGAAGAAGCGGCGCACAAGCCGGCUCGGUAUGCGCGGCCUGCGCGACAUGCUCAAGUCGCUGAAGAAGUCAUACUCCGAGACGGGCCAGAGCCCUGUGUUGCCACGCGUGCCCGCGUCGACCUCGUCGGUGUCAGCGAGUACAGACUCCUCGCUGAACCUGAACUCCCGCCCACAGUCCGUUGCCCAGCGCCGCCGUGCGAAGACUAGUACGGGUCCGGAGUCGAUCGCGUCGCGGCGGGACAUACAUCCCAACUCCCCGUACGGCACGACGCCCUCCUUGCCGCACAAGUCCUCUCCGCGCCGCCCCUCGCUCGCCUCCAUCUUCCGCAUCGGUCAGAAGAGCAAGCCGUCUGCGUCCGCAGCCGGCGCAGGCCCCUCCGUCGACGACCUCAGUUCGAACGCGGCGGGCCUCACGAGCAGCGACUCGGGUCUAGCGAGCGGCACGAGCCUCGGCGACGACCUCGAAGAGGAUUGGGACCGCGUCGAGUCUGUCUCCGACCUCGACCACGCCGCUCGUUCGCUCGGAAUCCCGAUAUCUUCAGAUGGAACGGCGACCGUGCGCGGCAAGAAAGGCAAGUCCCCGUACCUCUUCCACCGCGACCUCCGCCCCGAAACCCCGCGCCGCGGCCCCGACGCGUCGGGCUCGUCCAUCUGGAGUCCGGGCUCGGAGUCCCCCAAGAAACUGUCCGCGAUACCCCCUUCCACCCUCCAGUCCUACCAGCGCUCCAUCAAACUCUCCGACGUGCGCGAGUCCGGCGAGGAGGGUGGCGGCCACUCCGCGCGCGCGCUCUCGCGCAGCAAGCACCGCCAAUCUGCGCCGAGCCCAAGCCCGCGCCGCCCGCCCUCGCGUAACCGCAAGAACCCCACCGGCUCCGUGCGCUCCGCGCCGCCGCAGCCCUGGGGCACGCCGAGCCCAGACCUCGCGCCGGGCGCGCUGCCCGACGUCAAGCUCGCGAUGGCCCCCGAGAACAUCAAGCCUCUGCUCGAGAAUGCGCGCGAGGUGCACCUGCGCUGCGCGGACUGCAUCGCGGAACUCGAGGCGCUGCUCGCGAGCGGCGUCCAGCCUCCCGCGCACGCACAGGGGCAGUAGGUCCCUCUAAUCGUGUGCGCAUACCAAGUACUAUUACGACCCGUUUACGCUGCUACAUUAUCAUUUUUGUGCGCUGCUUUCGUAUACGCUAUCACGUUCUGCCAUGUAUCUAACGUCGCUUC